AUCAAGCCGUAGCUCAGCCUUGUGUUGAUCGAGUAAAUUUAUUCAGGCUUCGUACGAGUUACCUAAUAUUUGUAUAGUGCUGUCACAACUGCUAAAAUGAAUUUACUGCGCAAGCCAGCUCCUGAGAUUAAUUCGAUUGCUGUGAUGGCAAUAAGCGUGUUUCGCGUGAUGACACUUCAAGAGUAUCGCGGCAAAUAUGUGACGCUGAUUUUCUAUCCGGCCAACUUCUCGUUCGUAUGUCCAACGGAAUUGCAUGCAUUCAGUGAUCGGGCCCAGGAGUUCCGAAAUAUAGGCUGUGAGGUGAUUGGCUGUUCGACGGACAGUCACUAUUCCCACUGCGCUUGGAUGAUGCAGCCACGCAAGGCGGGUGGCCUCGGCGAAAUAGAUAUUCCGUUGUGGGCAGAUAAGUCCAUGAAGAUAGCUCGCGACUAUUAUAUGCUGGACGAGGCAACAGGCAUGGCAAACCGAGGCAUGUUCAUAAUCGAUCGUCUUGGCUACGUACGGCACGUCUCGGUGAACGAUUUGGGCGUGGGACGCAGCGUGGAGGAAGCAUUGCGUUUGGUCCAGGCCUUUCAAUAUACCGAUGAGUUUGGCGAAGUUUGUCCAGUCAAUUGGAGACCCGGCUCCAAAGCCAUGAAACCUGACAACUCUGGCAAAGAGGAUUACUUCAAGAAUGCCUUCUAACAUUGAGUACAUAUUAAAGCUUAAUACACGAGGGAGUGCAAGAAGAAAUGUUCUUCAUA